CUGUCAACACGUGACAGUCUGGACCAGCGCAUCAACAUGGCUGCAGCGCCACAACCUGUAUACUGGCUGGGUAACGACACCCUGAGGGUGUCUGCUGCCCUGUUUGUAGAGAACCGUCGACGACUGUGCAAAGGGCUGAAAGAUAAAAACGGAGUGGUGGCGCAGUCAGUGGUGGUGCUGCAGGGAGGAGAGCAGAAGCAGAGGUACUGCACGGACACAGACCUCCUUUUCAGACAGGAGUCUUUCUUCCACUGGGCUUUUGGAGUAACCGAGCCUGACUGUUAUGGAGCCAUUGAUGUGGACUCUGGGAAAUCCAUCCUUUUUGUUCCCAAACUGCCUGAAAGCUAUGCUACUUGGAUGGGAGAGAUCUAUUCAAAAGAGCACUUCAAGGGGAAGUAUGCUGUUGAUGAGGUGCAUUACGCCUGUGAUGUUGCUGAUGUGCUGUCCAACCUGAGACCAGCAGUGCUCCUUACGCUGCGAGGUCAGAACACAGACAGUGGAAGCAUCUGCCGUGAAGCCUCCUUUGAAGGAAUUAGUCGCUUCCAAGUGAACAACACCCUUUUACACCCAGUCAUUGUGGAAUGCCGUCUGAUUAAGACUGAUAUGGAGCUGGAGGUCCUCCGCUAUACCAACAGGAUUUCCAGUGAAGCCCAUAAAAUGGUGAUGAAGAGCGUGAAACCUGGGCAGAAGGAAUAUGAAAUGGAGAGCCUGUUCCAGCAUUACUGCUACACUAAGGGAGGGAUGCGCCACACCUCGUACACCUGUAUCUGCGGAACGGGCCAUAAUUCCUCCGUUCUCCACUAUGGCCACGCUGGUGCUCCAAAUGAAAAGACAAUUAUGGAUGGAGACAUGUGUCUGUUCGACAUGGGCGGAGAGUACUACUGCUACUCCUCAGACAUCACCUGCUCCUUCCCAGCCAACGGCAAGUUCACUCCAGACCAGAGGGCCAUCUAUGAGGCUGUGCUCAAAUCCUCCCGAGCUGUCAUGGCUGCCAUCAAACCAGGUGUGAAGUGGACCGACAUGCACCGCUUGGCUGACCGCGUUCACCUGGAGGAGCUCGUGAAGAUCGGCAUCCUGACUGGCAGCGUGGAGGACAUGAUGAAGGUCCACAUGGGCUCCGUCUUCAUGCCCCACGGCCUGGGGCACCUGCUGGGCAUCGAUGUGCACGAUGUGGGAGGAUACCCCGAGGGGGUGGAGCGUAUUAACGAGCCUGGACUGAGGAGUCUUCGGAUGGGCCGCCUGGUGCAGGAGAGGAUGGUCCUCACCGUGGAGCCUGGCAUAUACUUCAUCAACCACCUGCUGGACCAGGCCCUGAGCAACCCUACCCAGAGCUGCUUCAUCAACAACCAAGUUCUGGCUCGCUUUCGUGGCUCUGGAGGGGUUCGCAUCGAAGAUGACAUUGCAGUGACAGCUAAUGGCAUGGAGCUGCUGACCUGCGUCCCUCGCACUGUGGAGGAGAUCGAGGCCUUCAUGGCCAACACUGCAAAAACCUUCAGCCCCAUCCUCAGUGAGAAAUUCUGAAUGUCUCACAGUAAGGAGCUGUAUGCUGCGAUGUCAUUGACGAUUACAGAUAAACACCAAAGAAUAUUCUUUGGUGAAAGUCAUUACUCUCAUUCUCAUAUCUCACAUAUAUAACAGACACACAAUCAAGAAUUUUAUUACGCAGUAGAAUUAACACACAAAAAUAACCAAAAAAAUCUCUUUUACAGCAGUCAUAAUGUUUUGCGAGUUAUGAUGUCAGCAGUUGCUUUGAAGGACAAACCACUUUAACACAUUAAAAGUCUCCAUUUCUGUGCCUCCUGGACAAAGAAACAUUUCACAAGAAACAUUUGAUUUUUAAAUGAAUACUUCUUAUUCUUCUAUGUUCCUUUUUAUAAACAUUGAUUCACAAAAAUGCUGUAAAAUUAUUAUAUAAAUAAACAUUUUUAAUUUGCA